GCACGCAAGGAGUCGGAGGAGUCACCCGCCCCCAUCUACCUCAACAUCCAGGAGCUGCAGGAGGAAGCCACAGCCGCCGGCUCAGCCCCGGAGGAGCCUGGCAGCUCCGUGUCGGACUGGGAAACCCACACGGAUACGGACAGUGGACAUUUAUUUUAUUAUAACCCGGUGACGGGUGAGACCACGUGGGAUUGUCCCUUUGAGCAGGCAGAAGAUGGAGUGAGUCCCGUCGCCUCUCCCGCCUCCUCGCUCGUCCACAGCCCGGAGUUUCCUGAGUGGGAACAGUACGUGGACGAAGCCAGCGGACAGGCUUUUUUCUAUAAUUCGGUAACAGGUGAGACGUCGUGGGACCCCCCCCACGCGGGAGAUGGAAGCAGCUCCCAGGAUAUGUACCCUGGGGUGAUGCGGUACAGUCCCAUGGAGCGGAGGCCACCCACUCCGGAAACAGACUAUCCUGACCUGUCUCCAGAUGAGCUGGAGGGUUAUCCCGAGGAGGAUUACUCACCCAUGGGCUCCUAUGAGCAGGGGGCUGCUCUCUGCCUGUCGCCGAGGUGCCCCGAGGAGCUGGGCGCAUCCCCAGGCUGGUACAGGCACAGCCACCCCGAGGGAGCCGUGUUCUGCCCCGAGAACUUCACCUCCGACACG